AUGGCAUCAGCAAAUACUUCUCUUGAUCAUUGGAGAAAAGCUCAGGAUAUUACUUCUCUCUCAUCUAUAUUUCUCAACAAUUUAGGUGAUAGGAAUGAGCUUUGGGUCAAACCGGUGUUGAAAACCAUCAAGAUUAAUAUUGAUGCAGCUUCAUUUGAGCAGGAAAAUUCUUAUGGUUACGGGAUGGUGGCCCGUGACCAUCUUGGUUCCCCUCUUCACUUUCCAUCUGAAGUGGUUGAAGCAAUGGGUAUCAAAGAAGCACUUAGUUGGAUCAAGGCAAACCAUUGGAAGGGAGUUACGAUCGAGAGUGACAGCAUGCUCGCCGUUCAGGCUAUUCAUUCUACUCAGUUAAUGACUUAUGUGUUUGGCUUAGUUGUUAAUGAUUGUAGAAUUUUAUUAUCCUCUCUUUCUGAUGUUUAUUUACGUUUUGUUAGACGAUCAGCAAAUCGGGUUGUCCACUAUGUUGCUAGGCAUGCACGAUCUCUAACUGGUCGUAGCAUUCUGGGGCCUUCUAUCCCCCGUGAUCUUUAG